AAUGUCAGAAAAGAACUAAAAUUUGAUGAGUUCCUCAACUAAAACAAAGAGAAGAUCACACAUGAUAACUUGAUUUGUGUAUCAAAUUAAACACACCAAAAUGAUCUAGAAGUAGACAUAGAAAAAGCAUUACAUAUAUACAGUUCCUAUACCAUGUGAAACCUUGGCAACUUAUUAAUCACCAUGGUGAUUACACAGUUUUGUAUUGGUGCAUUAUUGGUCCUUGGAAUUCAGACUUUUGCACAGUCUUGCCCCGGUCCAGGAGAAUUUUAUAUUCAUAGAAAUGCCAACAUCUACUGCAAGAAAAUUUACAACUGUCCACCAGGGCAUGAGAUUAUUCCAUGUAAUAAAACCUGCGCAGAAGAGAGGUGCGUUCCAUGUUCCGAGGGGAAAGCUCAGCCAUACCUAAGUCACUCCGAUCAGCGCAUGGCCUGCUUCACACCAGAAUACCAGUGUAACAGUAGAGAUACAAUUCCAAUAGAAAAUGGAACAUUUUCUCCAAGCUGUGCAAUGCAAAAAUACUGUGAUUGCAAUAACAGUAAAUGUUUCUAUGGCAGUCCAUGUAUAUGUGAGAGAAAUUUCUCUCCGUGUGGUGUAAACGAAGAGAUGAACUCGAAAGGAAACUGUGUCCGGUGUAAGAAAGGUUAUCAGAAGCUGUAUAAAGGUUGUGACCAAUGUGAGAGAAUCGUUCCUGAGCUACCGUCAACACCUGCCCAACAGACAAACGGAACAACAGCUUCAAAACCAAAUCCAGUCAAAACAGAAUUGACAAGCCCCAGCACAAGGGUUCCUGUACCAUACACCACGACAAAGACCACACAGAAACCAGAAAUACUGGUGUCAUCACCACCAGGAGGCUCCCCACAGGGGCACCACCCAGAGAAGGGCGAAGACAAUAGCGGCACCAUCCUCAUAGUGGUUUUUGUCGUGGUUGGAAUAAUCCUGAUUGCCCUGAUUAUAGUUGUGCUGUUAAUGCGUAAAUAUGGAAGACGUCGCUUUAUAGCUAAAAUAUGCAGAGAUAGAGAAGCUGCUGAUCAACCAGGGAAUCACGUUAAUGGUGAUGCUGGUCGGGUACCUGAAUUAGAACGUGUUACCGUCCCCCCAGAGACUGAUAUAUCAUGUAACAUUCGUCCAGAACUGAUGCGGUUGGUGUCGUCUGAUCGUAGCGACAGUGGCUAUGAACAUCACCCUAGUCUGGAGUCGCAGAUUUCCCAUAAUUCCCACAUCUCUGUCUCUACCCCGGUCCAGGUAACGGACGGGGUUGAGGAUCUUCACCCCCUUCUGAGGACGGUCAGUCAUGACCCAGAUGCCUCAAAUUACAUUGGGACAAACAGCUCCCCCGUUUCGGCCUCGCUUGACCCUGCGUCCCUGCGGACCAGCACACUGGACACACCCAGUGUGGGAUCCAUGGCCGUGUCUGAACUCAUCAAUGAGGACAUCAAUCUAGGCACAGGAAGUGAUGUAAAGGGAGCUAAUCCGACCAGUGGUACGUGUCUUACAGAGGACAUCAACAGCGGACACGAAGACAAUGAUGUAAGGCUCGGGUGUACCGCCGUGGAAAAUGAGGAGGACACGCAGGAAAAAAGCAAAGACUCUACGCACCUGGACAGUCUACAAAUACAAAAACAGCAGAUCAGAUAGUGCUACACACUGCUAGGAUUAUAAAAAGUGCUACAGACCAUUCAAGUAGUGCUACAGACUAUUUUAAUUUUAGCAAGUGCUGUGGACCAAUAUAAUAAUAGUGAUUGGCAAUGCAAUAAAGAUAGCAAGUGCUACAGACGGUUAUGAUUAUAGCAAGUGCUACAGAUUGUUAUAUUUAUUGCAGGCGCUACAAGACCAUUAUAAUUAUCUAACCAUAUCUCUAUGCGUUGUAUUCUUCGUCCUCCUGUGCACUUCUCAAUGUGUUUCCUGACCUUUGUGCACCAACUCUACAGUUCUUCAUUGACUCAAGUUUGCCAGUCAUUGUAUAAAAUUUUUAGAUGAAUUUUAGAAGGUUACAGAUACUGUGAUAUGAAGAAGUACAUUCAUGCCUUAUUUUUAAAAGUUAUUUGAAGGAUUUUUUUAUUAUAUGGAGUUGCCUAGUGACUAGUACUUGAUAUAUGUAAUUUACAGCUUUGUUACUUUGGAAAUGAAGCCUUGAUUACAUCACAGGUCACUAAGUCAGGAACUGUUCCUAUGGUUGUAUAAUGUUACGUGUACGGAAAUUGAGCUUAAUAUGUCGGCAUUAUCUUUGAAAAGUAGUGCUGUAUCACCUAAAAAAAUUUAUACUACAGUGUUUUUUUGAUCACUACAAUAGAUUUAAUAUUUCAAGGCAUUUCUUUUUAGUUUUAUUGUAAUUUCCUUAUAUGAGUACUGCUACUAGCAGUGAAAUUGUAUAUGUUUGUUUUGUUUUGAACAACUGCAUUGGGAAGCUAGCAUUUUCUUAGAACUACUAACCAAGAAAUAAGAAUCUUCAAUAUAACUUUAACACCAGGUGGUUAUACAUGUGUACAUGUGUAUAUCUGUCUAACUGCUAACAGAAUUUUAUGUAUUCUCUUUCUGAAAAUGCUCAAGCCAAUAUUUCAAAGGUUGUAAUAAAAUUUUUGUAGAUAUUGAGAUAAUAGAAUUUUUAGAUGAAUAUACUAACAAUAUAUGUAACAAUACAUGUACAAUGUAUAUGUGAAAGUAGAGAUAUCGUUCUACAUGAAGAGAAAUUAGAAGUCAUUGUGGAUUGACUAACUAGUUUGUAUGAAUUGCCAGUGGUGAGUUUGUAUGACUUGUGACUAAGCAGUGGUCAGUGUAUAAAUUGUGAAGAAUAUUAGUGUCUAUGGAAUCUCCCCCUACAAUCAACUUAAGUCCCUUUCCAUCACUAU